CAGGGAUGUUCCUGCCCGAGGAGACGCGCGGCGCCGCACCUGUGGGCUUCCUGCAGGAGCUGCCCAGCUACCAGUCGGCGCGGAGGCGCCGCCAGGAGCGGCGGGCGGCCCCCCAGGGCGCUGUGGAGGCCUGGGGGCUGGAGCCGGAGGGAGCCGGGCCGGCGGAGCUCCCUGCCAGAGAACACCCCCGGUGUAUGGCGGAGAAGAGGAGAUUAAGGGACAUUCAGCAGGCUGAUAUAAAGCAUUCAUCUGGAUGGAAGCAGUGGAAAAUAGCUAGCAGUAAAUCAUGUAAAAAAAUCCUCAAAGAAGUCAAGGAGCUGUCAUCUUACCUGGAGCUUUGGCGACAUGAUAUGCACAGCAUAGAAGAGAAAUUUGGUACUGGCAUCCAGUCCUACUUCUUAUUCCUGCGUUUUCUGGUCCGGCUGAAUUUUGUAAUUUUUAUCCUGAUGUUUGGUUUUGUUACCCUUCCCAGCAUCCUUUCUAAAUAUGGAAUAGUCAGCAACAACUUUGCUAAAAUUCCUCUAAAGAACAUAGAGACCCACUGCACAGUUUAUGUACCUAGUGAUAAUAAGGGACUUGUUUACUUCUAUACUUACCUGAAAGAUUUACUCAGUGGCACUGGGUUCCUUGAAGUGACAAGUUUGUUUUAUGGCUAUUACACAGUAGAUACUGAAUGGCUCGGUGUCCUGAGGUACAACUUGCCACUAGCAUAUCUGCUGGCUACAUUUGGCUACCUUGCAUUAAGUCUUGUCUGGAUAAUAGUAAGGUCUGUUGAAGGAUUUAAGCAGAACUUGGUGCAUGAUGAAAAUCAGUUUCAGAGUUACUGUAACAAAGUCUUUGCAGGCUGGGACUUUUGCAUUACAGAUCUCAAUGCAGCACGCCUAAAACAUCGCAGCUUGCAGUAUGAGCUCCAGACAGACUUGGAGGAAGAAAGACUGAAGCGAAAAAUAGCUGACAGGACAAUGAAAGAAAAGCUGCGCAUCUACUCUCUGAGAAUAUUUCUAAAUCUAAUUGUCAUUGCAGUUCUAUCAGGAUGUUUUUACUCUAUUUACAGAGCAACUGUCUUCUCUCAAGAAAGCUCCAGUGAUGUCAGCAGUGUGAACUUCCAGUCUAAUCUCAUAGUGCAGUAUUUGCCUUCCAUAGUGAUCACAUUGGCCAACUUCAUUGCUCCUCAGAUUUUCUCAUUUCUGAUCAGAUUUGAAGAUUAUUCACCAGCCUUUGAAAUCAGGCUGAAGCUCAUAAGGUGUGUCUUCAUGCGGUUGGCCGGUAUCGGUGUUCUCUUGUUCUCACUGUGGAGUCACAUCUCCUACUGUGCCACUGACAAGUGUAAGGCCUGUGGAUACAAUUACAAACUCUAUCCUUGCUGGGAAUCUGAAGUUGGGCAAGAAAUGUAUAAACUGAUGAUAUUUGAUUUUAUUACAAUUCUUGCUGUGACUCUGUUUGUGGGCUUUCCUAGAAAGUUGUUAGUUACUCAUUGCUCUUGCAAGCCAGUUCAGUGGUGUGGAUUGCAGGAAUUUGAAAUUUCUGACAAUGUCCUGGAUAUCAUUUAUGGGCAGACUAUCUGCUGGAUUGGAACCUUCUUUUCACCACUUCUCCCUGCAAUAGCAACUAUAAAGUACUUCAUCAUCUUUUACAUUAAAAAGAUCAGUUUGAUACACACAUGUAAACCUGCAGCUAGGCCUGUUAGAGCAUCAAGUUCCAAUUUUUUCUUCUUGGUGGUGCUGUUGAUUGGGCUCAUCUUGGCUUUUAUUCCUUUAGGAGUCAGCAUAGCACAUAUCCCCUCCUCCAAGGCAUGUGGGCCCUUCAGGAAUUUUAACACUUCGUGGGCAGUUGUUCCAGAAACAGUACUCGGGUUACCAACAGGUCUGCGGCAGGUCCUUUAUGGCAUAGCAUCAGAAGCUUUUGCGGUGCCUUUUUUUGUGGUCAUUUGCCUCAUUAUGUUCUAUUUUAUUGCCUUGGCUAGAGCACACAAACGUGUGGUUGAGCAGCUGAGGGAACAACUGGUUAUGGAGGGUCGUGACAAGCAGUUCCUAAUCAGAAAGAUAACAGAAGCUCAGAGACAUCCUUGAAAUCCACAAAAAGCCAGAAGAACUUGACUUCCUGAAACUCCCAGAACCACUAGAUAAGAGUAGAAGCAUUUGCAGCACCUAAAAAGCGAGCAGCUGACCAACGCCCUGGCACUGCUGUCUAUGUAACAGACACUUAUGGUCUUAGUCCCGAUUGUGCUAGUGGCCCUGAAAGUUUCCAAGAGCAGAAAUUUAGCUAAUUUAUACCCUGUUAGACCUGUCCAAAAAAUUAUAUGGUAGGGCACUUUAUUGCUGCUACAGUUUCAGGGUUGUUGGAGUUUAAGUCCCUAUUUUUUCAGGGCUUUGGGUAAAUUGUGAUCAGGACUGAAACUCUGUAUAAGAACUUUGUACUGUUUUUACAAAUUAUGCUUUAAGAAUUGGGGGGGGAA